GGGUCGUCCGCCAUUGCUGUGCGAACAACUCUCGGAUUCGCUGUCAACAAUCAACUUGCGGCGCCGGGACGCGGAGCUACGGGGUCGAGAGAAGCUCGUCGGCCGCUCCACGAGCCGCUAGUCAGCGGACAUCCCGUUCAUGUGAAAGCAGAAUCCCGCGGACGAGGCAACCAUGUCCAAUCUCAGCAAGAGCGGCACGAAGAAGGACACCAAGAUGAGGAUCCGGGCCUUUCCGAUGACGAUGGACGAGAAGUACGUGAACAACAUCUGGGACCUGCUGAAGAACGCCAUCCAGGAGAUCCAGAGGAAGAACAACAGCGGCCUGAGCUUCGAGGAGCUGUACCGGAACGCCUACACCAUGGUGCUGCACAAGCACGGGGAGAAGCUGUACACGGGCCUGCGGGAGGUCGUCACCGAGCACCUCGUCAACAAGGUUCGAGAAGACGUCCUGAACGCCCUGAACAACAACUUCCUCCAGACCCUAAACCAGGCCUGGAAUGACCAUCAAACGGCCAUGGUGAUGAUCAGAGACAUCCUCAUGUACAUGGAUCGGGUGUACGUGCAGCAGAACAACGUAGAGAACGUGUACAACCUGGGUCUGAUCAUCUUCAGGGACCAGGUGGUUCGUUACGGCUGCAUCAGAGACCACCUGAGGCAGACCCUGCUGGACAUGAUCGCACGCGAGAGGAAAGGGGAGGUGGUGGACAGGGGCGCCAUUAGAAACGCCUGCCAGAUGUUAAUGAUCCUGGGCCUGGAGGGGAGGUCCGUUUACGAAGAAGACUUUGAGGCCCCGUUCUUAGAAAUGUCUGCAGAGUUCUUCCAGAUGGAGAGCCAGAAGUUCCUUGCGGAGAACAGCGCCAGCGUGUACAUCAAGAAGGUGGAAGCCCGGAUCAACGAGGAGAUCGAGCGCGUGAUGCACUGCCUGGACAAGUCCACCGAGGAGCCCAUCGUCAAGGUGGUGGAGCGGGAGCUCAUCUCCAAGCACAUGAAGACCAUCGUGGAGAUGGAGAACUCCGGCCUGGUGCACAUGCUCAAGAACGGCAAGACGGACGAUCUGGCGUGCAUGUACAAGCUGUUCAGCCGGGUUCCCAAUGGGCUGAAGACCAUGUGUGAGUGCAUGAGCUCGUACCUGCGGGAGCAAGGCAAGGCCCUGGUGUCAGAGGAGGGGGAGGGGAAGAACCCCGUGGACUACAUCCAGGGCCUGCUGGACCUGAAGUCCCGGUUCGACCGGUUCCUUCAGGAGUCCUUCAACAACGACCGUCUGUUCAAGCAGACGAUCGCCGGAGACUUCGAGUAUUUCCUGAACCUCAACUCUCGCUCGCCCGAGUACCUCUCUCUCUUCAUCGAUGACAAGCUGAAGAAAGGAGUGAAGGGGCUGACUGAGCAGGAGGUGGAGUCCAUCCUGGACAAGGCCAUGGUGCUGUUCCGCUUCAUGCAGGAGAAGGACGUGUUCGAGAGGUACUACAAGCAGCACCUGGCCCGCCGGCUGCUCACCAACAAGAGCGUGUCCGACGACUCGGAGAAGAACAUGAUCUCCAAGCUGAAGACUGAGUGCGGCUGCCAGUUCACCUCUAAGCUGGAGGGCAUGUUCCGGGAUAUGAGCAUCUCCAACACCACCAUGGAUGAGUUCAGACAACAUCUGCAGACAACGGGGGUGUCACUUGGAGGGGUGGACCUCACGGUGAGGGUCCUGACCACCGGCUACUGGCCAACGCAAUCAGCAACACCGAAGUGCAACAUCCCGCCUUCACCGCGACAUGCGUUUGAGGUGUUCAGACGGUUUUAUCUGGGUAAGCACAGCGGCAGACAGCUCACCCUGCAGCACCACAUGGGCUCUGCAGACCUGAACGCCACCUUCCACGGCUCCAUCAAAAAGGAGGACGGGUCAGAGGUCGGAGUGGGAGGAGCCCAGGUGACCGGCUCCAACACCAGGAAGCACAUCCUCCAGGUCUCCACCUUCCAGAUGACCAUCCUCAUGCUCUUCAACAGCCGAGACAAAUCCAUCUUUGAGGAGAUCCAGCAGGAGACGGACAUCCCCGAGCGGGAGCUGGUGCGAGCGCUGCAGUCGCUGGCCUGUGGGAAGCCGACCCAGAGGGUCCUCACCAAGGAGCCCAAGUCCAAGGAGAUCGAGAACGGCCACGUGUUCACCGUCAACGACCAGUUCACCUCCAAACUCCACCGGGUCAAGAUCCAGACAGUGGCGGCUAAACAAGGCGAGUCCGACCCCGAGAGGAAGGAGACGCGGCAGAAAGUGGACGACGACAGGAAGCACGAGAUCGAAGCCGCCAUCGUCCGCAUCAUGAAGUCCAGGAAGAAGAUGCAGCACAACGUUCUCGUAGCGGAGGUGACACAGCAGCUGCGCUCCCGGUUCCUCCCCAGCCCCGUGGUCAUCAAGAAGCGCAUUGAGGGACUCAUUGAGAGGGAAUACCUGGCGCGAACACCGGAGGACCGCAAGGUGUACACCUAUGUAGCAUAAACCCGUCACGCCACCACGGUGGGGACCGCCGCGGGCCCAAUGGACUUGGAAGGGCUUUCAUCAUUGAUUCUGGGAAACACUGGGAAGCUUAACUUUUCUUCCAUAACAAUGUGUAACGAGUGCAUAGAGAUGGGGGGGCGGGGUGUUAGACUUCUCCUGCUGAGCGAAUGAAGGAGGGAUCUAGUUUUGUACAACAUCUUGUUUCUUGUGGCCUUUUUGGAGAGAAUUUCACUUUGAGCUGUGGAACCAACAGGAGGCCGAGGAAACGCCCACGCCCCGUGUGUGUGUGUGUGUGUGUGUGUGUGUGUGUGUGUGUGUGUGUGUGUGUGUGUGUGUGUGUGUGUGUGUGUGUGUGUGUGUGUGUGUGUGUGUGUGUGUGUGUGUGUGUGUGUGUGUGUGUGUGUGUGUGCGUGUGACACUCUUGGCCUUUUUUAAAGUUAAAGGAGUGAUCAAAGUGUUACCCGGUGCCGGCCCGGUCCGCAGCGAAAAAGACAUUUUGAGGACUGGAGACGACCUGCAAAGUGCUUAAGUUAUGUUCAAACUCUGUCUGUUUUUAAGAGGUUGUUUUAGUGUCUCGUGAGGAUGAAGAGCACCUAUAUUUAACGCCAUGUUCUCUCCCUGUGCUCGAGGGGAGCGACCCGGAGCUGGACCUGCGCCGCAUGCUCUGACCCGGCCGCCGGUCUCCAGACUCACUUUUCUCUCCGGCCAAAAGGAAAGCGUCUCCUCCCCGAAGGGACGCGCUGCAGCUUCCACACAGAUCUUCUUUUUGUUUUGUUUUUGCAUUUUCGGACGAGUGGCGCCGGUGGAGCGCCACGUUCUAAUGUGUACAAAUUGUAAAAUAAUUAUUGUACUCGCUGCAAAGGUGGAAUGUACAGGGCCUUGUUUUCAUCAUAGUACAUGUAGAUUAAAAAGAUGAAGGGG